GUUGUGGGCGGCGGGAGCUCGAGAGUUGGGUCGGUGCUCCCUUGCCCUUCGACGACGAGGUCUUGGCAUACUUGCUGCAGGUGUCGCCAAUGGUCGAGUCGGAGGAGCUUGCGCUGCUCGUGGCAGACUUCUGCCCAAGCUGGCCCGAGGGUUGGCGGCUUGCUCUGGCCACCUUGCUCUCGAACCCGAAGGGGUCGCAAGCAGGCCGUGGCCACGAAGCUUGGGGCAAGGGACAUCAGAGCUUGUCUCCAAGCCGCAGACAGCAGAGCAAAGCCACCAGCAGCUCCCCUCUCUCGAAAUGGGUGUGGUACCUGGAACAGAGGCAAAGCCCACCUUCCAAAGCAGCGGAGCCAACAACGCUGCGAGUGCCACGAAGGGAGCUGGGAGGGGCCAAGGACAUGGCCGUCCUGCCAAGCCGUGGGCGUGAGGGACCGAAGCUUCCUCAGGCUGCACCGAGCCCGCAGCCCAAGCGGGAGAGGGAGAGGGAGGAGCCCGAGCAGUCCAUCAAGGCUGUCGUUGAGCAGCAGCUGGAUUUGCAGCACCAGCUUCAGCAGCGCAGCUCCCCGAAGCAGUCGCCAAAGCAGUCACCAAAGCAGUGCAAGCUGCUGUCUGCGCCUUCUCCGGAUGUCGAGGCUGAGAGAAGGCAGAAGUCCACGGCAGCGGGGCGAUCGAGGGAGCAGACGAUCCAGGAAAUCAUCCAGCAGCAGCUUCUGUUGCAGGAGCAGCUGCGGCCGCAGCUCGAGCAACCUGCCGGAGGUCCAGUGGGCAGUUCGCAGUUGGAGCAUCAGCCGAGUUGGAUGCAGACGCCCUCUGGGAGCGAGCGGGAGGACACGUCGACGGUCGGGAUGGUGCAUGUGCAGCCCAAGCCGACUUUGGGGGACUUCGAGGAGCAAGUCAGCCAGACAGGCCUGCUUUCCCGUUGGGCACUGUGCUGA